CAGUGAGUGGGUGGUUUUCUCUCCAAGGAGAUUGUUUGGUUUGGGCGGAGACUCACUGCAGGAAGUAGGAACAAUACCUUAGUAGGGUUAACGAGAGCAAAGUCAGUAGGAAGCUGAGAGACGAGCAGCAGGACAGUGCUGGGAAUCUCAUUGCUAAUCCUUGGCCAUGGCAACCCCGCAGCAACAGCCCAGCCCAGCAGGUCAACUUGAAAAAGAUAGCACCAGUGCAUCAGAGAACAAAGAACAAAAAGCAAACGUCACAGAAACUGAUGGAUGGACAUCAAGGACUGUGGAACUGGAUCCAAGUGCAGAAUAUAUAAUGACCCAUAAGAGAAGAGGCUUGGCAUUAAUUUUUAACCAUGAGGACUUCUACUGGCAAUUAAGACUUGGUUCCCGUCGUGGGACUAAUACUGACAGCAUGAACCUUAACAGAAUCCUUACAGACCUGGGGUUUGAUGUUCAGAACUAUUACAACCUAAGAACAAUGGAUGUUCUUGAAAAGAUCCAGGAAGCAUCUACAACAGACCAUAGCAAUGCUGACUGCUUUCUCUGUGUUUUCCUGAGUCAUGGAGAAGAUAAGCAUAUUUACUCUUAUGAUUCCCUGAUUGAUAUCCAGGAACUGACCAAUCCCUUUAAAGGAGACAAGUGCAAAAGCUUAGUAGGAAAGCCAAAGAUUUUCAUAUUACAGGCAUGUCGAGGAGAGAAGCAUGAUGAGCCAGUCUUACCUAAGGAUGAAGUUGACAGUGUGCCCCUCACCAAUGUAACUGAAGUGGAUGCUGCUUCAUUAUGUACUCUGCCUGCUGGAGCUGAUUUUAUUAUGUGCUAUUCUGUUGCAGAAGGCUACUAUUCUCACCGUGAAACUGUGAACGGCUCUUGGUACAUACAGGAUCUCUGUGCAGUGGUUAAAGCAUAUGCUGCUUCAUUGGAAUUUACAGAAAUUCUCACACUUGUGAACAGGAAAGUCUCACAGCGAUCUGUUGAAUAUUGUAAUGAUCCUAAGGCAAUAGGGAAAAAACAAAUCCCAUGUUUUGCUUCCAUGUUAACUAAAAAGCUCUUCUUAAAGCCAAAGUCAAAUUGAUAUGAAUUAUUGUUUACCUCUACACUAUUUUCUUUAAACUGAGAAAGGGAAACACAAUUAUGCAUGUUCUGUUAGAUGGAAAGAAGAAGGUCACUUUCUUUCAGUGUAAUCUUCUCAGGUGAUUCUUUUGCUACACUUUCUAAUGUGUUAGAAAUUGUCAUCCUGUGCCUUUUAAAUACAGCGUUGACAUGAUUUCUGUUAUGUGUAGUUUGCUUCAUGUAAUUAAAUACAGGUAUGGGAUCCCUUAUCCGGAAACCCGAUAUCCAGAAAGCUCCGAAUUACGGAAUGGCGGUCUCCCAUAGACUCCACUUUAUCCAAAUAAUCCAAAUUUUUUAAAAUGAUUUCCUUUUUCUCUGGAAUAAUAAAACAGUAGCUUAUACUUGAUCCCAACUAAGAUAUAAUUAAUCUUAUUGGAAGCAAAAUCAGCCUAUUGGGUUUAUUUAAUGUUUAAAUUAGUUUCUAGUAGACUUAAAGCAUGAAGACCCAAAUUAUGGAAAGAUCCGUUAUCCGGAAAACCCCAGGUCCCGAGGAUUCUGGAUAACAGGUCCCAUACCUGUACAUGAAGCAAUCUAUUUAAUAACUCAUUUUGGAAUGACUGUUAGCCUCACUUCUAUGGAGAUGGAAUUCUCAAACACUCAGGAAAUACUUCUUUAUAAAGCAUUUUUUCUGACUUUUUUAAAAUAUGUAAUUUUUUUGGGAAGUGCUCGGGGUGAGGUAGUUUUGUAUUUUUACAGCUCAUGUAUUAAAACCUAAGCAUAAAGAAAAGGGAAUCAUGUUUCUUUAAUGAAGUACCCCUAUAAUACUUGCAUCACUAUACUUGCAAGCGGAAUCAGUGAUAAUUAAAACAUAACUUUUAAUUACUCCAUAAAAAAUACAACCUAGCCCAUUAAAAAUAGUGGGAAUUUUUUAUCAAUCAAUGAUUCCUAUCAGAAACCUACAGUAGGUCACAUUAAACCACCAACAUAAUUUGGUGCUGCAUUUUUCUCCAAAAUACAUUCCUCACAUUAUGCAAUUAUUUCCCACAACUAAAAUUGAAAACAGAAAGGCUGCCCGACUUACAUUUCACUUUUGUCCAGGAGCUUUUUCAAAGGCUAGCAGGCCUGCAUCUGUGUACCAAAACCUGUCUUUUUUUUGUGAAAAAUGAAAAUAUAAUAAAACAGAAAAAUCUUUA